AUGCAUAUGGAUGUUGCAGCGAGGAGAGGAGAUUGCAUCGCGUCGAGGAAGUGUGGAAUCGAAUGCAGAUCGGCUCCACCUGAGCUGUCAGUUGGGAGGGUUUUCAGGAAGAAGUUCCUGCAGUACAUGAAUGACUCAGAAACGGAACAUCCAGUUCGAAGGGAACUGAAGAAGGCUAUGUAUCAUUGGGUCCUGAGGUGGCAAAGGAUAGAUAAUGCUUGUAACUCAAUAAAAGAACUGUCGGCAAACUGUUGGGGCAAUUACAUUUUCUGUGAUGGGAAUGAGAACAUGAACCCCAAGGCCGGAUACAUUUCUGUUCUUGGUUCCAUUUUAGAGGAGUCAAGAGCUGAUUUACGACUGAACUCUGAAGUUUCCAGCAUAAAUUACGCAACAGAGGUUGUAGUUAAGAAUGGUUCUCUCUUUCGUCCUGAUGGCUGCACAUUGCCGGUGAUUGUGAAGUGUAGAGAUGGAAGAGAGUUUGAGGCAGAGCACGUCAUGGUAACCCCAUCUAUAGGCUACUUGAAAGCCCACCCUAACCUCUUCUCACCUCCACUUCCUCAGGGAUUGCAGAAAGCCAUUACAUCCACUGGUUUUGGAACAAUAGACAAGAUCUUUUUGGAGUAUGAGCAGCCCUGGUGGCCCGAAGACUGUGAAGGUAUUCAGAUAGUGUGGACUAAAGAUAUUCCAGACUUUGAUAAAGUUGUGCAGAGGUCACAACUGGUUGAUGGCACUGUGGAAGAGAUGAAGCAGUUCUGGGUGCGUGCCAUCUCUGGGUUUGAUCCAGUGUUCAACCAGAAAGCCAUGCUGUGUGGCUGGAUUGGUGGGGCUGAGGCAGAGUACAUGGAGAAGCUGUCUGAGAGGGAGGUGGGCGAGGCUUGCACACAGCUGCUACGCCGUUUCCUUGGAAGGAGUGAUAUCCCAAAUCCCAAAAGGGUAUUCAGAUCUCAGUGGGCGACUGACCCCUUCUUCAGAGGAUCCUACUGUUACCAUAGCUUGGGGUGCGAGUGCCUUAAAGAGGACAAGGAGGAGAACCAUCUGAAUACUCCAGUGUGUGCUGGGAUGAGCGAUGGUCACAAGGUUCCUGUGUUGGUGCUAGCUGGAGAAGCUAAUAGCAAAUGCUACUAUUCUACUGUCCAUGGAGCUCUACAGAGUGGUAUGAAACAAAUUUCCCAUUACAUCCAAAGUACCACAAGAUCUCAGUGGGCGACUGACCCCUUCUUCAGAGGAUCCUACUGUUACCAUAGCUUGGGGUGCGAGUGCCUUAAAGAGGACAAGGAGGAGAACCAUCUGAAUACUCCAGUGUGUGCUGGGAUGAGCGAUGGUCAGAAGGUUCCUGUGUUGGUGCUAGCUGGAGAAGCUAAUAGCAAAUGCUACUAUUCUACUGUCCAUGGAGCUCUACAGAGUGGUAAUGAAACAAAUUUCCCAUUACAUCCAAAAGUACCACAAGUCCACCAAACAGGUAUAUCUUUAUGGGCUGCAUCUGUAGGGAUGACACCCGCGGUAUCGGUGCUAUGCUGCCAUAGCAUCAUAGUAGAUGCCACCCAUGAACAAGGGGAUCUACAGAUUUUCACCUUUCAUAUACACAUCAACACAGUCUGGUUGUUAUAUUAA